AUGCCUUUCAAAGGUUUCGCACAGCUAGAAAACAUUUGUAAAGCGUCGUCAGAAGUUGCAGCACUUAACUUUACCUCUCAUAAUGCGCGUUUAGCUGCUCUCUUAGAGUCUGACCGGAGUAAAAAGUCGAUUCGAGAUGCUGCGCCCCACGAAAGAAAACUGUUUACGUUUGUAGAUGAACUCGGAACAAAAUCUCGACAAGAAUUAGAACAACCUACUCCUUUACGUGGUCCUGGCCCUAUAACUGUGGAUAAAUUACUCCGAGCAGCAAACGUGCUAGCUCAGAUUUGUGAUCUCCAUGAUGUAAAGGAAAGGAUUGAAUCAUUGGCACAACAAUAUGAAGAAAUCACUUCCUCAAUAGAUAGUUUGGAAUCUAUCAAGGAAAAGGUUAAUUCAAAUGAUGAACUAAAGACCCAAAAAUACCUAGAAGAAAGGAUCAAAUCAUUAGCACAACAACAUGAAGAGAUUAUAUCUUCAAUCGAAUUAAUAAAUUUGGCCAAGGAUGAAUUUAAAAAUCAAAUAUGUCCGGAAGAGGUUUGUUAUAAAAUUGACAUGGAAAAGGCCCCCAAUCAAGAUCAAAGAAAAUUAAAUGAGUUGGAAUAUGACAAUGUUAUCAUCAAGGGCAUAAACGAUAUAAUGAUAAAUAAUUGUAUAAUCAACCACGAUCGAAGAGAUAUGAAUAUGGACACACCAAUUCCUAAUCUCUCACAACAAACGACAUUAGGUGCGAUGGUUCUGCAAAUUAUUCGCGAUACAAAUGAGCUUACUCUUAGCGAGCUCAAGAUUAAAAUUGGAGAAUUUUCACGUGAAAUUGGAUUAUCAGAAGGCCAAGGUGUUCGUGCUAUUUAUACUCUACUUGCAAAUAAACUCAUAACUAUUGACCGAUCAAAAGGAAGUUAUCAAUCGGUUCGAUCAUUCUAG